UGAUUAGUUUUAUGUAUGUAAUUGAUUAUUUUGACUAUUUCUAGUUAGUAUCAUUUGUUACAGGGUGAAGUCAGUGAUUGUUUCAUAACUUAAAUUCUAUUGUUGACAUAUAAUCAAGCAUAAAUUCUGUAAUAACUGUAAACAUUUGGAAGACAAAGUACUAGUAAUCUUAAAGUAUCUCUUUAGCUCUAUUCAAAAACAUGUUAGCCAAACCAGCCCUUAACUCCAGAGUAAUUAGCAGUUUUGUCAAGAGUAUAGUUUGUGUAAUUAUAUUUGUUAAUUUCAUGAUUUAAACAAAUAACUCAGCCUAAACCCUUGCAGUAGAAGAAACUGCUAAAAAUACAGAAUUUUUCGAUGUAUUCAGUUAAUUUAAUGAGUUAAGUUUAAAUUGUAAUUUCUGUAAAUUUGACUUUAAACAAUGUGUAGUUUCAGCUCUUAUUAUUGUGAUGAUUUUUGGUCAUGGGACAGUCAGUCCACAGCCAAGUUUCAGAUGAGUAACCUGUUCAGGUUAGAACAACAACAAUGCUUCAGUUUAACUGUGAAAUAAGUGUUAAAUAAUUAGGCCAUGUGUAAAAACCAAUGUCAGUGACUGCUCCAUACAUACCUGAUUAUUUUUCAAGAACUGUGGACUUUGUGGUUAUGUUUUUACUGCUCGUAGAUGUUCAACAGUAAACUAUUGUAGCAGUACGUGGAGUUUCACCUGCAAACUAUUAAUAAAGCUUAUCACAAGUUAAACAGUAGUGCAGUGGCCAUAUAACUAUGUAAUAUGGGGGUUGUGAACAGUGAAAUUAAAGUACUGAAAAAUGUAACUGUCCAUCUGUCAGCGGCAUCAUUUAGUCAGUGUCAGAAUUCACAAACCCCUUUUUCAGCCUGUGUAGCAAUGCAGAACAACAACACCGAGGACACUCAACAAACAAAAGAAAUAAUAGCAGGAGGAACUGCCACAAACCAAGUGAACAUGCUGCCCAGUAUGAUGUGCUCCACUUCAAUGACUGUUUCAUUGACUGCACCAUCUGAAUUCUUCUACCAACACAAGUUUUUCUCAAUCGCACAGGAAAAUGAGCGUGAAAAGGUUGCCCAGAAGCUCUGGGACAAAGAACGUCUUUCUUAUGAAAAUCAGGCUGCAGCAAUCAUUGUUGGUGCAGCUUCUGCAGGAAAGACAUUGGGGAUUCUUGUCACUGAGCUCCUCACAGUAAAGAUAGUGAAGAAGGUAGUGCUGUGGGAAGAAGAUGAAGACAAAAGAUUGCUUCUGGAGAGAGAAAUGGAAGAAAACUGGCACUUAGGCCCAGUAGUGGUGCUAGACUCAUUACAGGGUGCUUUGUUCACUGCCUGUCUUGUAAUUGUAUUACAGUUCCCAGACACAAGGAAGCAUACAGAAGGUCGGCAUCCCAGCACUAGAUUUAAUCUUAAGCUAUGCAAGUGUGCUAAGGCAGCUUUGUGGCUGGCAGAAAAACUCAGAGCAGGAAACAAUCUUCCCUCCGAAUGUCGAUUUGUAGUGGCUACAGGAUCACUAGCAUGCUUCUCUGUAGCUGUUCUCGCAGACGCUCUAUCUGAUCGGCUGAACCCUCGGUCAAUAGUGGCAGUGACAUCAGAUCCGGAACUGUUGCCCCAGGUGUCCUCUACCAGGUGGUCCCUGCAGCCUUCUGUCUGGGGGUGGCCAGGAGUGGCACACAUGGUGGAUGCCUCAGGGGCAAAAGUUGGUGUGGCCUGGUUGGAACCGGCACGGCGUGCUCUGAGAAAAAUACCACAUUCUUCACUGCCCCAGGGAAAGUGGCAUGCAGAGAUAAGGCUAUUGAGAUGUGUGCCGGAGAUACAGCAACUGACUGUAGUGCCAGACCAGAACAACAAUAAGAAGUCAAAGGCACACCAUCAUCUGUCUCUGGCUGCAAUUAGAGCGAUAAUGAAUGUUGUACAUCUGUGGCUUGCUGAUUUUGGAUUUCCUCCAGAGGAAAUUAUAUCUCUUGGUAUCUUUUCUGAUGGUACACACAACCUGCCAAAAGGCUUGGUAUUCUCACAACCAGCAAUGCUUGAUUGCAACGGAUUCUGGUCACCAUGUGAGACAGUGCUUCCACCUUCAGAAGGUCCUGUGCACCUUCCAGACAUACUGCCAAUUCCCUUGAGGGCAACUGCUUCCUUUGGACUUGGCAAGUGUAUGCGAGCUAUCUGGACUCUGCCUAUGAGUGAAAGAGAAAGUGAGCAGGAGAAAGAUAAGGCUGCAGUGGAACAUAUAUCAAAGGAAGAGGAGAAAAUAAAAGAAUGGUUAGAAAUGUACACACUAUUGGACGAAUACGAAAAGAAAAUAUCAGCUGAGAUAGAGCGAAAGGCUAUUUCUACUGAAGCCAAGUACCGAUGGCUUUCACUGUCGGAGAGGCUACCAGAAGACAAGGUGACAGAGGAUGAAUACACCAGUGUAGCUAUUGGAUCAGAUAACAGUCUAUUUAAUGCUGGAGAAGUAUCAGAUGUGCACGUGGGGAAAUCAGUGGAAUUUAUGGAAGAUGUAGAUUAACUUUAAUUGUUUUUUAUGUAUUUUAAUCUAAUUUAUUCUGCUUAUAACUUCCUUAAGUUGUUAAUGUAUUUAUUUAGCACAAAAAUAAAAUAGAAAUUGUCAUCUUACUAACCUAAUACAAAUACAGACAUUUUACAUAA